AUGACACAAAACCAGUCAACAUCUUACGCUGCAUUAAAUAGUUAUUCAAAUGGUUCCUGUCAAGUAUUUUUUCAAUUUCCAACAUCUUUUGAUGUUGUUGAUAGUCCAAAUUCCACAUUAUAUCUAUUUCAAUCCUUACCCAAUCGAACAAUUAUUAAUAAUACGUUUCCCUGUUGUUCAAAUCUCACGUGGCUAUUGAGCAAAGUUAAAACUGCCACAAAACAACCAACUCAAGUGAUAAGUCAACCGACGUUUUUAGUAAUUGACGACAAUAAUUAUAUUGUAACAGUUUCACAGAAUGAUACAUUAAUACAAAUGAAUCCAAAGAAUUUAACAAUAAUGCAUACAGCAACGGUUAAAUCUCAAUCUCGGUCGUUAAGCUAUGUUAAUGGUCUUUAUUAUGUUGGUUCGGGAAAUUCUACAUCAUACGCACUUGACGUGUAUUAUACAAAAAAUGUAUCAUUAGUCACAGAUCUGUCAGGUCCAUCAUCGUAUUUUGGAGCACCGAAACAAGCGGUUUUUUUGUACAAUAAUACCGUUAUGGUACUAGUAACGCAAUUACCAUCAAAUUCAUCGGUAUUAUUCUAUCAAAUUAAUUCAUCCAUAAAUUAUACGCUAAUUAAUAAACUGGUGCUGAAUAUAUCAGUUGCUUAUGGUUUAAGUAGAAUUGAUGACUAUUCAAUUUAUCUGACAACUUCCAAUUCAAAUUCAUACAUUUAUAAAUUAUCAACGACAGGAAUACUACAAGAAUGGACAUUGACACAAUUCGCCGGACGAACAACAGCAGGUAACACGCCAGCAGGAACUGCAAUUGAUAGUUGUAAUCGUUUAUGGGUAAUUAUGAAGGGCGCUGGAGUUUGGAUUUAUGACCAAACAGGCAUAUUAAUAGGAACGUGGAGUGGUUCGACAACUUUAUCUGAUAUCGUAGUAACAAUUGGUUACAAUGUUUAUUUAGCCGAUAAUGGUAACAACAAAAUAUGGAGUUAUCAACCGAAUAUACAGUGUACUUCAUAA